AUGGAUCAAUGGGUUGAGACAUCUUCAAAAAAUCGACUACAUAAAACCUGUAAGAUUAAAGGGUUGAAGCAGAUUUCACUGGCUGGCCGGUGCACGAUUUGUGAGCAUUGUCAUCUGAAUGCUCAACUCAAUUCAAUCAAGGUUGGAAAGAACUCUUUCCUAGAGCCAUUUGUAACAGUCGACUCUUCGAAAGCAGAAGUGAAAUUAGGGUCUUACACACGAAUCGGCUCCAAAAGUACCAUUGGAUCUGGUGCAGCAAUAGGCAGCAGAGUGGAUGUAGGGUCUGGUUGUAUUUUGGAGCCAGGAUGUGUUAUCAGAGACUGUUGUGUAAUCGAAGACCACGUUAGAAUUCCAGCAAACUACCUAGUACCGCCCUUUACAAGAGUGACCAUCGAAAGUGGCACCUUGAAAGAGUACGAAUUGCCUCCAAGCUACAGACAAAUCAAUGAGGACAAACUUUGUAUUUUGGAAGCGGUUGGUGUCAGGGUAGGAAAUAAUAGAAAUUGA